AUGAUAUACAUCCCUUCUUCAACCUUCGAGAGCGUACGCUACCUAACCCGCGGCCAAUUCUUAAUCCCAGGAUUCGUCGACACGCACAACCACGCGCCACAAUGGGCGCAACGCGGGCUAGGGCAAAGCAUGCACAUCCUCGAUUGGCUAGAACAAGUCACUUUUCCUAACGAGGCGCGGUUCCGCGACCCGGCGUACGCGCGCCGCGUCUACUCGAGCUGCGUCGACGGUUUCCUGAAGCAAGGGGUCACCACAGCGUCGUACUACGGCUCGCUCCACGCGGAAGCUACCAAGAUCCUCGCAGAGAUAUGCCUAGAAAAAGGCCAGCGCGCCCUCGUCGGUAAAUGCAACAUGGACCGGAACGCGCCGGAAUAUUACCGGGACGCGAACGCUGCGGCGUCGCUUGCGGAUACAGAGGACUGCAUCGCGUAUGUGCGACGUAUUGAUCCAGAGGGUGUGCUGCUCAAGCAUGUACUAACGCCACGUUUUGCCAUUUCGUGUUCGUCGGAGCUGCUUGAGGGGCUUGGUACACUUGCGGCAGCGAACCCGGAUCUGCCGAUUCAGACGCAUUUCAAUGAAGCGGAGCAGGAGAUGAAGUUUACGCAAGAGCUGUUCCCGCAGUUCAAAGGCAGCGAAGCGAACCUAUAUUCGCACUAUGGGCUACUAUGUGAACGCACAAUCCUCGCUCACUGCUGCCAUAUGAGCGAGAAUGAAAUGAGCCGCGUCGCGGAGCUGGGGUGUGGUGUUGCGCACUGUCCCAUUUCCAACAUGACGGUGGGCGGGGGGUUUAUGGCUGCGCCAGUUCGCGAGUUCCUUCAGCGCGGUAUCAAGGUGGGACUCGGGACCGACAGCGGGGGCGGGUUCUCAAGCAGCAUUCUAGAUGCAAUGAGGCAAGCACUCGUAGCAUCGAAUGCGCGGGAAGUCAUGAGCGGAGGUGAGCACAAAGGGCUUAAUAUAGGGGAGUUGUUCUAUCUGGCCACGUUAGGAGGCGCGAAGGUGUGCAGUCUCGAUAGCAGAAUUGGCAAUUUAGAGGUUGGGAAGGAGUUCGAUGCCCUACUUAUCGACGCGAACGCGUUGGGCGUCAUGACAAUACUAGAGUAUGAAGACUCCAUUAGGACGAUAUUUGACAAGUUUGUCAUGACUGGCGACGACCGGAAUAUCAAAGAAGUGUAUAUACGUGGGCGAGCGGUCAAAUCUUAA